UCCCAACCCAUAUAUAUACUAUACACCAUUUUGAUUGCUAUAAUGUUUGAAACACAGAAGAACAUCACUCYACAGACCCACCAAAGGAGGCUGCUAUUAAGCUCCAACUACUCUAAUCAUCGGCACUGUCAUCAUAUCAGACAGGUUGGCAUCUAUCAUACUGACUAUGACUCUUUCUCUGCACACGGUAUUUCUCUGCAAAGAGGAAACCGCCAGUUUGUAUGCCAGAUCACCAUGUAAUGAAAGGUUUCACAGGAGUGGAUCGGCUCCUACCAGUAUAGUUAUGAUGAAAAUUCGAUCUAACCAUGGAUAUUGUAAAUACUUCCAGCUGUUCAGAUCUUAUAGGAUAAGUUGUCUGCUUGACUCUAGCCGUUCAACACCAUUGUCGCAUUCCAAGGAGAAAUCUCCGAUAUGUAGCAUUGAUGCAAGUUUUGAGGAAAUAGAAACCCUUGAUCAUACAAGGGGUGUGACUUUGAUUCUUCAGAGGCAAUGGAAGCAAUUCAUACAAUUGGCAAUCAUAUUGGUUUGCACAUUCGUUGUCAUUCCCAGGGUUGACGCUGUUGAUGCUCUUAAAACGUGUACUUGCUUACUGAAAGAGUGCAGGAUUGAACUAGCGAAAUGUAUCGCAAACCCAUCUUGUGCAGCAAACGUUGCCUGUCUCCAGACCUGUAACAAUAGACCCGAUGAGACCGAAUGCCAGAUAAAAUGUGGAGACUUGUUUGAAAACAGUGUUGUGGAUCAGUUCAAUGAGUGUGCAGUUUCACGAAAGAAAUGCGUACCUCGGAAAUCUGAUGUGGGUGAAUUUCCGGUCCCUGAUCCUUCUGCAUUGGUCAAAAGCUUCAACAUGAAAGACUUCAGUGGGAAGUGGUUCAUAACGAGUGGUCUAAAUCCUACGUUUGACGCCUUUGAUUGUCAACUGCAUGAGUUCCAUACGGAGUCUGAUAAACUUGUAGGGAAUUUGACGUGGCGUAUUGCAACUCCAGAUGGUGGAUUCUUUACUCGAUCUGCUGUGCAAAAAUUUGUGCAGGAUCCAAACCUUCCGGGAGCUCUCUACAAUCAUGACAACGAGUUUCUUCACUACCAAGAUGACUGGUACAUAUUAUCUUCCCAAAUCGACAAUAAACCCGACGACUAUAUAUUCGUAUAUUACCGUGGGAGGAACGACGCAUGGGACGGAUACGGUGGAGCCGUGGUGUACACAAGAAGUUCAAAGUUACCAGAAAGCAUCGUUCCACAACUACAAAAAGCGGCUCAAAGUGUAGGUCGCAACUUUGACACUUUCAUACGGACCGACAACACAUGUGGGCCCGAACCCCCACUCGUGGAGAGACUAGAGAAAAAAGCCGAAGAAGGCGAGAAACUACUGAUAAAAGAAGCCGAAGAGAUCGAAGAGGAGGUCGAGAAAGAGGUGGUGAAGGUUAGAGACACAGAAAUGAGCUUAUUUCAGAGGUUGGCUGAAGGAUGGAAGGAAUUGCUGCAAGAUGAACAGAACUUCGUCAGGGAGCUCACUAAAGAAGAGAAAGAAAUCUUGAAUGAACUUCAAAUGGAAGCGACGGAAGUUGAAAAACUGUUCGGGAGUGCGUUACCCAUUAGGAAACUCAGAUAAAUUUCGUUUAUUUGAUGACAAAAAUGCAGAUUAUAUACACGUACAUACAUAUAUACGGUAAAACCGAGGCUGAGAAAAGAACUUGAUUUUUGAACCCGCGUUAAGCGCAUUAUGAUUCGUCGAUCGGCUUAAACUUUGAAUUUGUAUAGAUUUGUCUCAAGAAAGUUGCUUGCUUUGUGA